AUUUGUCGAAUUGAAUAAUUAUCGCCACGCCAUUCUUUCCGAAUUGGUCAUAAGAAUCUUGUUACCACGCCUCACUCCAUGAGAGAGCGUUUUCUUCGACAUCAGCAACGUAGUGGGUACUCAUCGUUCAUUGUACAAGGAGAUCCUGUUUUGAGUCAUACAUUACCGUCGCAAGCAGGUGGACUGUUAACGCGCGUUCAGAAUCAUGGGAAAAGCAAUCGUUAUAAUGAUACUGCUGCUAUUUGCGAUUUCUUCGAUCGUCGCCCAGCAAAACGGUAAACCGGGAGCAUGCCCACCACCUGUGGCCAUUGGGAUCUGCGAUAUGAAAUGCUUUUCUGACAGUCAGUGUGAGGGCAACAAUAAGUGUUGUCGUACCGGCUGUGGAGGCACCUUCUGUACGUUUCCUGUUUCCGUGAGAACAAAUAACCGCGUGAAGCCCGGGCGGUGCCCUGAGACGCCGAUCGGUCCAUGGGUCUGUUCGAGCACGUGUCGGGUGGACGGCGACUGUAGGGGACGAUCCAAGUGUUGCCAGAAUCGCUGUGGAGCCCUGGCAUGUACGAAACCUGAGGCUUGAUGAUCGCCGAUUUCCGUACAGACUGCUAGAGAAUUAUUUUAUGAAACAAGUACACUUAAUAUUCUCUGUGCACCAGGAGUUUCUUUACGGAUGCGAAGGGUGAUUUACAACCGCAAUAUAUUUUAUGAAUAUAUAAAUAAAUUAACGCGUCCAUAAUAGAUAUUUUGUUAUUGCUAAAAUCGAAUUCUGCUACGUACCAAGGCCGCUCCAGUCCAUACCCAUGUAAUAUCCUUAAUCACAUAUUUACUUGGGCCUUUUUUCAGGCAUUUGGAAUUUGUUUAUCAAAAUAAAAUGUAACAUUUUGGCCAUAAAAAUUGGUAAAACUA